CAUCACUUGGCCAUCACUCUCCUUUGCAUCAUUCUCUCUUUCAGGCAUUUUCACAAACACUCCCCGCACGAAACGUUUUCUUUCCUUUCUUUAAUAACUCUAACAUGGCCAGACCUCAGCAGCGAUAUCGAGGCGUCCGACAGAGGCAUUGGGGCAGUUGGGUCUCUGAAAUUCGCCACCCACUUCUGAAGACAAGAAUUUGGCUGGGCACAUUCGAAACGGCGGAGGACGCUGCUCGGGCCUAUGACGAGGCGGCGAGGCUCAUGUGUGGUCCGAGGGCGAGAACCAACUUCCCUUACAAUCCCAACGCCUCCCAGUCGUCGUCUUCCAAGCUUCUUUCAGCUACUUUAACUGCCAAGCUGCAUAGGUGUUACAUGGCCUCACUUCAGUUAACCAAACAAUCCCUGCAUGAGCCUCAAAAGCCACCGACUUCCCAUGUCGCCACAACCACCAGCAUUGCGGGGAAAGUUGGGGAAUCAGGCCAGUGGUCGCCGGAGAAAAGACCGGUGACAGUGCAGCAGCCUGAGGCCAAUUGGGUUGUGAAGAAAGUUCAAGUGGACAGCAACACCCAGCAGUUCAAACCUCUUGAAGAUGAUCACAUACAGCAAAUGAUUGAGGAGUUGCUUGACUAUGGUUCCAUCGAGCUCUGCUCAGGCUCCAUAAUGUAGUCUAAAGAACAUCUCAAAACACCCAAUUCUGCUCCUCUUCUCUCUCUGUAUUCCUACUAUGCUAAUGCCACUCAUUUUGCUAAUCUUUAACCCCAUUUUUCUCAGCCAUUUUCAAGCCUUUUAGCCUUGUAGGUCGUCUCCCAGUUGCCAGAAUUUAUCUUCAAAAAUGAACCCAUCUGCGGAUGCUGUAUGUACAGUUAUGAUAUAAGAUCUUAGCAUGUGCACUCUAUCUAGCCUUUCUUCAUUUGUACCCCCAUGCAAUCAAUUCCCAGGAAAUUCAACAAUUCCUGACUUUCAUGGCUGUAUUUUCAGGGCUCUUGUGCCUGCUUGUUUGAAAAGAAAGGGUACUUUUAUUCAAAAGUCACAAGCUUGAAUA